CCGCCUAGGCCCAUGGUCAGUUGGCCUUUUCUGAGGAGCACACAUCUGAGGAUAACGUCGAGCUCACACAGGCGGUAGUAUUGCAGGACCAAAUGAGUCAACCCCCUUGACGUCGUGCUGCACGAAACUUGGGGUGGUCGAGCAUAUGUAAGCGCUCGCGCAUCGUCUUCCUUGCUCCUGCCCACAAUAUCGCACGCACCUGGCCGGCUUUCCGUGUGCGCCAGAAGAGGAACCGCCAGCGGGGCGGACGCCUAAGCAAACAGUCAUUUGGCGGAUUUGCGUGUCGCGCCGAUGACAGUAGCCGGAUAUUCGGCGUUGGCCGGGACGACAGACGACUCUCCUACAAGAAGGCUGCGAACACGCGCGCCGCGUCGAUAAUUCUGCUGCAUUGACAUGACUCGGAGGGUGUUGUUCCUUUCUCUGGUCGUCGUCUCCGCCGUAUUCCUGAGCGCCAAGGCUCAGGAUGGCAACGAGUGCAGCUGCGCGGUUAUGCUGGAACAGGAAGGCGCCGAGCCGGAGCAGCUGUACAAGGAGAGCACCUCCAUAGUGGGCAGCCUGUGCACCGACGCCGACUUGGAGUUCUGUAGCCAGUUCUGCAAGAAAGAGAUGACGACGUUCACCGGUAGCCUGGAUGCGAUGAACGCUCCCACCAACGUGUCGGUCGGCCAGAGCCUGUGCGACAUGGCCAAGAAGCCGGUGGCCGGCGGCAUCGUCAAGCUGGUAGCCUUCGUGUGCGACCAGGAAGCGCGCGACAUUGACGCGCAGCAGCCGCUCAAACUUUGUUGCGACAAGGCGGUGCGUUGGGAGCCCUGCAAAGGCGGCGUUGACGGCGACACUGGUGGUGAUGCUGCAGACACAACUCGAGGACCGUAGCUGCAGCGGAGUGCGUGCAGGGCCUCCGAUAUACGCAGCGUGAAGGCUUCGCCACGCCGCCCGUCUCGGAAGCCGCAUAACUCUGCAGUGAGAAUUUUCUUAAGGCACCUGCAAUAUACGUAACAACGCCAUCUG